UUAGGGCCUUGUUUAAUGUUUAUCUUCUUGUGUUCUAUUACAUUCAUAUGUACAAGAUAAUGUUCUUCUCAUAUGCCAUAGUUAUGUUCAGCUUUAUAUGAUAUAAGACAUAUAAAUUUCCUUUUUUGGAAGUGUAUAUCUUUUCUAUUUUUGUUCGAUUGCUUAUUUUCACCUGAUUAUAGGGUGUGCAUGUGCAUCACGUCCAUUGUUUUAUAACUAUAAAGUUUGUAAUAUUUGGUCUUAUAUAUAUGCAAUGGAUAUGUAUAUAGAAUUGACUCUGCAUGAGCUUUGAGGCCUUGAACUUGAUCAGAUCUAAUUAUUUACUUCUUCCCUGAGCUUAUUGAUUUCCUUAUGUUCAACUGUAACGCAGAGAAGACAACACCAGUCUACCAAUUUUAGAUUCAAGUUUGUACCUGUCUUUGCUGUUCCUGAAUUUUAAGCAUUAUAAACAGACCGUCCCCUUCUACUGAAGGGUGAAGAUGAGUUCAGAGAACAAGAAAAUAAAACCAAAGACUGAUUUUGAACUCGUUGUAAAUUAUUCUAAUCGAUGCAUCUGGAAAAAAUUGAAAAAUGACUCCUGUGCAGGUGCAAAUGCAGCUUGUAAAAUAGACAAGACAUUUUCUGCCACUGAUCCCCUGUCAGAAAUAGUUUGGUCUCCUGAUGAAGGUUUCAGUCUCAAAUGUGUUGAUUCAAGUUUUAAUAAAAAAUCCUCCCUGUUCCGGGAUUUUGAACCAAGCAGUAUGGUUCUUGCUCUGCUCCAAAGCGUUACUGAUGGAAGUUCUGCAACGGAUAAACCAGUAAAUGACGUUUUUGUAGAACCUAUUGCAGUCAUAUGCUCAAAGAAUGAUGUUUCCUCCACAGAUACUCCCUCUGGGCACCCAUCAAGUGAUUCAGUUGUCGUCAUUCCCGAACAUAAAACAUGUGAAGAUGAUAAUGGUACAGGAUUCGGUGAUAACAUGGAGAAAAUUAACAUUCCAACGGAAACACUUCAUUUGCCAAACGGUGGGAAGGAGAUUGUGAUGAAUGAUUGGGAGAAUAAUCUUUGUGCUCAAGCUGACAUUGGAACAGCUAUAAUAUCUGAGAGAAAGGGAAAGAAAUCUACUAUUUCAGGUCAGAUUGGCGAAAGGCCAAUAAGUAAUUUAUUACUUCAAGCAGAUGAACCUAAAUGUAGCUUGGAAGAAAAUCCUUCUACGAAACAUUGCAACGCAGGUACAGAAACUGAUGUUCUCAACAAGGUAGUUGAAAUAGAAGAUGGAUUAUGUGCUAGGGUUGAGCAUGUAAUCGAAUGUAAUGGUUCCGCUACUCACGGAACAAAUUUAAUAUCUUCUGGCGUCAACCCUUUACCAAAACUAGAAUCAACGACAGAGAAUGAUUUGCAAACUUUCAACAGUGAGUCAAAAUCCAAUGAGAAGAAAAACAAAUUCACUGGAAAUGAAAUGAUGCUACUACGUAGUAAGAACCCUACAAUCAUUACUUCUCCAUGUAAUAGCAGGAUUCGUAUGACAAGAAAUGAAGGUAAGGAGAAGUCAUUAUCAGAUGGAGACUCCAAUGUCAGUUUACCAAAGGAGAAUGACUUCCAUUUAAGUGUUGAAAGUUUCCGUCGUUCUGAGUUAAUUUUGGCAGGUAAGAAGAGAAGCAACUUUCAGCAAGUGAUAAUUGGGAGUAAAAAAUUAAAAAAGCAUAUUCAAGAAACUUCAUGUUCUAAAUCCUAUGUUCAACCGGAUAGCUCAUUCAUGAACUUGGUUUCAAACAUGCUGAAAAGAUGUUCACAAUCAACUCAAGAUGAGAACAAGUCAUUGGCUCUUAACCUUGAAAAUCCUAAUCACCAUCUUCAACAGCCUGAUCAGAAACUUCUCACAUGCAACACGAGUCAAGAUCCGAAGCUAAAAAAUGCAGGGUUCAGAUCCAAUUUUCAGUCAGUGGCUGGUGCAAAGUUUAAGAAUGUUGGAGCAAGAAAAUUUCAAGUAGGAGAUGCUUCUAAAGAUUUUGAGCUACGAAAUAAGGUACAUGGAAUAGAUGUUGCUCCAAUUACCUUCUUUGCAGAGAACAAUAGCCUUUACAGACGGUAUUUCCCAUCAAAUAAACUUGAAGUAUCUGAAGGGAGACUUCAGACUAGUCCUAUAAAUUCUCUCAACAGUCAUGAACAGUGGGUAAAUAACUCAUUGGAGAAUGAAAAUUAUUACAAGGUGGGGAUAACUAAGGAGAAGGAAGGAAUGACAUCACUACCACUGCAUUCACCCUCAACUGGAAAAAACAGAAAUAAUAAUGAGAAUGCUGAAUCGAAUGCACAGCAUGAGAGAAGGGAAAUCUGUCAUAAAAGUGACACUGUGGAAGGACUCUGGAUAAAUCGUUUUUUACCAAAGUCAACUUCACCCUCGAUAGUGUUUGAUCACCUGAAUGAGAGAGGUGAUUCUGGAGACCAUUCCACGUCUUUCUCAAAGAAUACACAAUCCCAUAAACACGUUUCUCUGACCAACUGCAAGAUAGAAAAGGCCAGAGAACAAUCUGAUGAUGACCAACUAUUUAACGAGGCUCAAAAUUUACAGUGUUGUAUCAAUGAAGAGGAUUCCACUGUCCUUAAGGAUAAGGGAAGUCAAUAUCAGUUUGCAAAGCAUAAGUUCAACUCCAUUACACAUUUCCCAGGAUUGAGAGAUUCAAGGCCAAUGGUGUCCAUGUUUGCAAGAACAUUAGGUGCCAUCAAACAAUACCAUAAAGAGUAGUCUACCACAGAUAAACAUCUCUUGCUUAUGCUUACUAGAGGUCACUGACUUGUGAUUUACUAAAAAGGUUACAGGAAAUAAUUCAUGAUCUUAUAAAAAUAGAAAUACAUUUAGGAGAAUUGGAGUAUCUCAUUGUCUAUAAAUUUCUAUGUAUUGUUGUUUCAAUACUCCUAUUCUCUUGUUUCUUUCCUUUGGUGGCAAGUGUGAUGAAUACUACAUUAAUUAGAAUCCCUGUAUAGGGGCUGAAACAUUUGAUUAUGUAAAAAUCCAUACUUAGCAGCUCCAAGCAACAUUUGGAUAAUUGUAUAACAACUUACGGUGAUAUUCUAAUCAAAUCUACUAUCUAAUAUAUCUACUAUAUAUCA